AUGAGGGAGCACGCCUUGACGCUUAUAAUCGACCAGUUUUCGAAUAGUUGUAAGUCUAAGAUAUUAAAUCACGUCCAGGAACACAAGACUAGUAUGGUUCGAAUUCUGCCCGUAAUUUUAAGUGCCUUAUCUUUGCGACCAGUGAUCUGUGCAGUAUCCCCUUCACCUCUAAACUCAGAGACAUCUCGAAACGAAGUUAUGCCUGCAGAGGAUAUCGGAGACCCAGAAAUUCCAAGCAGCUCGAUCUGUGUUGAUGGCAAUUGCUAUCCGAAGAUAUUUGUGCCUGCACACGAUUGGAAGCCCAUACUACCAGGCCAGGAUCUUCCUGGUGGCUUAAGCAUAAGAAUCAAUAUGGAAACUGGUUUAAAAGAGGCAAGAAUAAAUGAUGAAGAUAUUAGCAAUAGCAGUAGUAAUGAGUUGGUUGUUUCCUUGGAAGAUGUAGAACCAUCGAUUGAUGACUAUGAGUUCUCUAACGAUUUCCAAGAGAUUAGAGGCAUCAUUGAUUCUCACUCAACCUUAUCUCCACACAAUGUUACUAUACUGGAGGAUAAGUUUGACAAAGUGAUGGAAUUUGCGCAUGAUUACAAGCAUGGUUACAAAAUCAUUGUCCAUGAAUUUGCCCUUUUGACCAACGUUAGUUUUAAUGAAAAUCUACCAUUGACGUUAAGGGAGUUAAGUACCAGAGUCAUUACAAGCUGUGUAAGAAAUAAUCCUCCUGUCGUCGAAUUCAUUAAUGAGAAUUUUGCAAGUUUCAAAAGCAAAAUAAUGAUCGCUUUGUCAAACCUGAAUGAUUCUAAUCACAAAUCCUCUAAUAUCUUGAUGAAAAGAUACCUAUCCAUUUUGAACGAAUUACCUCUAACGUCCCAAGAAUUUUCCAUAUAUUCUCCGGCGGUUUUACAAAAUAUAUAUGAACAAAACAAAAAUGACAAACAGUUGCAAAUAAAGGUAUUGGAGCUGAUCAGCAAAAUUUUCAAGGCUGGUAUACACGAAAAUGAGGAUACAAAUCUAGUUUUGUACAAAAGGAAUGCUGAAAACUGGUCUUCAAAUUUGCAAGAAUGGGCGGAUGAGUUCCAGAAAAUGAUCCAAAACAAAAGUAUAGACGAACUACAUACAAGGACUUUCUUUGACACCCUGUACAACCUGAAAAAAAUUUACAAGAACGAUAUGACCAUUAAUAGAGGGUUUUUGAAUUGGUUAGCGCAACAAUGUGAUGAAAGGCAAUCUCAUUUGGACAACGGGCUACGAGAGAGAGACAUUGAACAAGAUUCAUUCGACAAGAAACUUAUCGACAGUAGACACUUAAUUUUUGGUAACCCAAUGGCCCACAGAAUCAAGAAUUUCAAUGAUGAGCUAUGA